AUGGAAGGAGAUAUUCCCCAGAAGGACGAGCUUCAGGCUCGGGCUAUGGAAGGCCGUCCCAUCACUCAGUCCGAAGCAUCCACCAUCGCCACCAACGAGUCCGACAUGACGGGUCAUGGUCCCAUCAAAGGUGGCACUGCAGCUACUGCUCAGAGUAUCCAUGACCGACAGCAAAACUUUCUUGAAAAGGCGGGCGAUAUCGCUCGGAAGCCUAUUGACGAGAUUACAAAGAAGGACGCAGCUGAGGUGCAGAGCGCAGAGUCUCGCCUCGCCGGAGGACCUGUAGGGAGAGGAUCGUUUUCGUCGGAUGUUCAGUCGGUGGCUGAUCAGAAUGCACGGGCAAGUAGGGAGUAG